AUGUUUAAUUCUGGCACAGAACUUGAGGAAUUCUUUGUUGUAUUCGCAGUUGCAGGACCGGCAUUACCGCCAGGAUUUCGGUCAAGCAAGAGUUCAGACAGUUCGAGUGAUGAUGAGACAACAGGCCACUGUGUUGAUGAGAGGCGAGAAAACUCACCGCCGGCGUUGAGGAAACCCGACAACUCUCCUGUGGAGGAGUGCAGCAGGACGUCAGGAGACAGCAAGCAGAUUGUUAUUCCCCAGGAUGAAGAUGAAGAUGAUGGAUUUUUUGGUCCUGUUCUUCCCCCAGGUUUUCCGAAACGAGAACAAUCACCUGAAAGGCCUUUUAUAGGUCCAGCACUACCACCUGGGUUCACUCAGUCAGAAAAAGAGAGAGAACCUGCUGUACCCUCAAGCUUGCACACAGAAGAAGACAGUGAUGAGGAGGCCCUAAUCGGUCCAAUGCCCUCGAUAGGCGCCGCCGAAAGCAAUGUGGCAGCAGAUAUUGAACGCAGGGCGAGCAGAAUGAAAGAAAAGCUGGCCUCUGGCGACAUGGAUGAUGCCCAGAAACAGAUCAGAGAGUCAUGGAUGGUGGAGCUUCCACCGGUUUUACAGAAUAUAGGCCUGGGUGCAAGAACAUUCAAGAGGCGUGCGAAUGGAGAGUCAUCCGACCGUUCCCUAUGGACAGAUACUCCUGCUGACAGGGAAAGGAAAGCUCAGGAAAUGUUAAAAGCCAAACACUCACCAGCCAAGGAAUCUGAACGUCCCUGUCUGUCUGAAAGAGAUAAACGGAUGGCCAAGGAGGUAGCAUCGUACAAUGAGUCAAGGCGAUCGGAGUCUCUUCUCGAUAUGCAUAGCAAGAAGUUGAAGAGGAAAGCGGAGGAUGAGAAGGAUCGACCCCAGCAGCGAAGGGCUUUUGAUCGUGAACAGGAUUUGCAGGUUCACCGGUUUGAUGAGGCCCAGAAGAAAGCCUUGAUUAAGAAGUCAAAGGAGCUGAACACCAGAUUUUCACAUGGAAAAAGCAACAUGUUUCUGUAAAAAAAAUUAAGAAAAACUAUUUUACUGGCAAAUUGCAGACUUAAAGUGCUGCAGUCAGUCUAUGUUUAACUCUGCUGUAAUAUUUCUGUAUUGUAACUACAAUGGUUCAAACCAAUGUGUUGUAUGAAUAGCAGGUCUCUUAUAAAAUAUUCUACGUUUAAUUUUGAUUGAACUGAAUAAAGAUGAAGCAAUUUUA